AUGGAUAAAGAUGUCACCGGCCGUUUUAUGCCCAGCCUUGCAUAUGUCUCCAGAGAGAAAAGCAAGGCCUCAAACCACCACUUCGAAGCAGGUGCCCAAAACGUCCUGCUUCGAGUAUCGGCUGCCAUGACCAAUGCACCGAUGAUCUUGACCAAUGUCCCGGCAACGCCUCUUCGGGCACUAUCUUACUAUUCGGGUCCUAAAAUCCGGCCCAAAGAUGGGUUCGAACCGGGAGCUUCUUUUUCUCGCCAAGUAUUCUGUGGAGGCCCAUCGAAAUUUGAGUCACCGGCAAUUCCUGAAUUAAACCCAAACCAUGUUGUAGACAAGUCCAUACGGUCCUCGGAUAUUUUAGCACUGGCACACCAUCCAUCAGGUUGCAAUUAUGAGAAGCAAACAAAUUGGGGUUACAAGGAUAUAGAUAUGGAUCCUUGGUUGAAGACUAUUUUACUGGAUCGCGGUUACAUUCUGAGGGUUGGAGGUCCAUAUUUUGCAAUCCUGGGGGAUGCACCCGUUUCCUUGUUGGUUCAGCAAAAACGGUGGACUGUUGGUGUUCUUGAGGUGGCCUUCUUAAAAUGCAGCCCAUUAACCUUCGGCUCCAGGGCUAUGGGGCCUCUUGCAGGCCCCGGUUACUCAAUAGUUUCUGAUCAGACAAUUAUUGCGGUGUUGAUUGGAGAAGAAAAAGGUGUACUACAUUCAAUCUACUAUUCUAGUAAAACUCUUCAAAAUAUAGAUCAAGGACAUGUCUGGAUGGCUAGUGAGGUGGGCAAUUACGUUUGGAGAAUAUGGACUAAAAUGAUUUUGAGGAAUGAUAAAGGAAAGUUACCUGCCAAGACUAAAAUUAUUUCAACAAUUGUGGCAUUGUCCUUUUGUGUAGCAGCUUCUUCCAUUUUCAAGUACGAAAAUUCUGAGUUCUGUAUUAACAUUCCUCAAUGA